AUGGGUACCCAACCACCGAUGAUACGGCGUCGCCACCGUCGUUCCAACCAGCCGCAUUCAGUAAUCCUCCCAGAGGAUCUCAACGGUGAAAUCCUAUCAUGGCUUCCAGUGAAACCAUUGAUGAAGAUGAAGUGUGUGAGUAAGUCAUGGAACACUCUUAUAUCUGAUCCCAAAUUCGUUAAACUGCACCUUACUCGAUCCGCACGAAGCUCAUACUCUUAUCUAGUGUCUUACGAGAAAUCUAAACAUGACGGUGAUUACAGUUUCGUACCAUUCUCCAUUACUGAUUUAUUUAAAAACGGUACAGUCACCCUUCCCAAGGAUCCUUACUAUCGAUUAAUCAACAAGGACUGUCGUAGAGUUGUUGGUUCCUGCAAUGGAUUGGUCUGCUUGCUCGGGUAUGAUGACGAUCAACGUAAAGAGACGUGGCUUCGUUUAUGGAACCCCGCCACCAGAACAAUAUCUGAUAAGUUUGGGUAUUUUCGUGAUGAUAUGCAUGGAUUGAAAUAUUGGAAGUUCGAGUUUGGUUAUAACAAUUCAACUGAUACUUAUAAAGUAGUUGCGUUAAAUAGAGGUAGUAACAUGACAACUGAGGUGCAAGUUCUUAGUUUCGGCAAUAAUAUUUGGAGAAAGAUUCAAAGUUUCCUUGCUAUGCUUCUACAAUCAUACUGUUAUGAUCAUACCAAGAUGUAUACUGGUGUACAUUUGAACUGCACUAUUAAUUGGUUGGCCGUUGUUGGGAAUAAUAAUCUUGAUGCUCGAUUUGCGAUUAUUUCACUUGACCUAGGUACCGAGACACACACACAAUUUUCGCCUCCUAUAGAUUUGCCCGGUGCGGUUUCUGUGAAGGUGUCAAGUGUACUACCAGGUGUUUGUGCUUUAAUGGAUUCCCUUUGUUUUUAUCAUGAGUUUGAGAGAACCGGUUUUGUUAUAUGGAAGAUGACAAAAUUUGGAGAUGAAAAUUCUUGGACUCAAUUCCUUAAGUUUAGCUAUGACAAUCUUCAAAUGAACUUUGAAUGUGGUCAUUUCAAUAUUUAUGAGAAUGGUGAUACAAUGGUAUUUGUACACAGCCAACAAGACCGAGCAAUUCUCUAUAAUUGGAGAAAUAAUAGAGUAGUGAAAACUAGAGUUAACAAAAAGAUAUGUUGGUUCUCUAUAAACAACUAUGUCGAAAGUUUAGUUUCAACUUGUUGCGAGUAA